CCCAACACGUUUAGCGUGACGAGUGAAGCUCCUCACUGAGGCUCCUUUUCUCUGCAUUUCCGCUGCGUUCCCUACAGAGCGCUGGGGCACGAGAUGUGUGUCGCUCCGCAAACUCUUUCGACUUUACUCUAGUUGAUAUAAGAGCGAAAGAAAACGAGCAGGGGAAAGCGCAGACGACAGAGCGCAGAGCGCGCCGGCCGAGGCACAUUUAAAGCGACAGGCCCGGGGAGGGUGUGGCCCGGCGCUCGCGUGACGGAGGCUUGUUGUUGUAGCACCGUCAGCGCUCAUCGGACCGCGCGGCGCCCUUUGCUCGGAAGCUAAGUGAUCCUCUCUGUACGCUUAUUGACUCAACCCUGCGAUCGUUAAGUGACCAGCCUUGAGAUGUUCUACACUUGUGGUCCCAAUGAGGCGAUGGUGGUAUCAGGUUUCUGCCGCUCCCCUCCCGUCAUGAUUGCUGGAGGGAGAGUGUUUGUCAUCCCAUGUGUUCAGAACAUCCAAAGGAUCUCUCUGAACACUCUAACACUGAAUGUUAAGAGUGACAAAGUGUACACCCGUCAUGGAGUUCCCAUCUCUGUCACUGGCAUCGCCCAGGUUAGGAUCCAGGGUCAAAAUAAGGAGAUGCUGGCUGCAGCUUGCCAGAUGUUCAUGGGCAAAUCGGAGAGCGAGAUUGCCCAGAUCGCCCUGGAGACGCUGGAGGGCCAUCAGAGAGCCAUCAUUGCUCACCUGACAGUGGAGGAAAUAUAUCAGGACCGUAAGAAGUUCUCCGAGCAGGUGUUUAAGGUUGCGUCUUCGGACUUGGUCAACAUGGGCAUCAGUGUUGUCAGCUACACCCUCAAGGAUGUUCACGAUGACCAGGAGUACCUGCACUCCCUGGGCAAGGCUCGAACUGCUCAGGUCCAGAAAGAUGCCCGAAUCGGAGAGGCACAGUACAAACGUGAUGCAGUCAUAAAGGAGGCCCUUGCCAUGCAGGUGAAGGUCUCUGCUCAGUAUCUCAAUGAGAUUGAAAUGGCCAAAGCUCAGAGGGAUUUUGAGCUUAAGAAAGCAUCGUACGACAUGGAAGUGAACACCAAGAAGGCAGAAUCGGAGAUGGCCUACCAGCUGCAGGUGGCCAAGACAAAGCAGCGCAUCGAAGAGGAGAAGAUGCAGGUGCAGGUGGUGGAAAGGACCCAGCAGAUCAUGCUGCAGGAACAGGAGAUCACCAGGAAGGAGAAGGAGCUGGAGGCCAAGGUGAAGAAGCCUGCCGAGGCAGAGAAGUACAAGCUGGAGAAGCUGGCUGAGGCAGAGCGGCUCCAACUCAUCAUGGAAGCAGAGGCUGAGGCUGAGGCUAUCAGAAUGAAAGGUGAGGCAGAGGCUUUUGCUUUGGAGGCCAAGGGUAGGGCAGAGGCAGAGCAGAUGUCCAAGAAAGCCGAAGCCUUCAAGCUGUACAAGGAGGGCGCCAUGGUGGACAUGCUGCUCGAGAAGCUACCUCUGAUGGCGGAAGAGAUCAGCAAGCCCCUCUCGGCUGCUCAGAAAGUAACGAUGGUGUCCAACGGAGGUUCUGAGGUGGGAGCGGCCAAGCUGACCGGAGAGGUGCUGGAUAUCAUGACCAGGCUACCGCAGGCCGUGGAGAAGCUGACUGGUGUCAGCAUUUCACAGGUGCCAGGAAAGCCGUCACGCAUGGGCUGAAGCCAGGGACAGAGCACUGGCAUUCAAGUGAAAAAUGCGUACCUCCUGCCUUCUACGUAUCAUCAUCAUCAUCAUCAUCGUCCUUUGAGUGCUUCUCUUCGUCUCGGUUCAUCUGCCUGCCUGCCUGUUUGUGUUGGAGCUGAAUGGUCUUCAUUAAUUCCGUGAUACUGAGACACCGGUUUAACGUUUCAUGGUCUUGUUGUCUUGUAUUAAGUUACCUUAUUGUUCCCCUAUUAGUCUAUGGUAUACAUUAGCUUGCCAAGCAAUCUAGUCACAUUACCACCUCUAUCCCCAGGCUUCUCAUCACUUCUUAAAACCAAUAAAACAAUCAGGUCAAUCUCACAUUCUUACUGUUACCAGCCUUUCCCAAAAAGGGUAGGCAGCUUUUGCUUUUUAAUCUUUUUCCCAUUACUUGACAAAUUUCAUAUGCAAACUAGAUACUUAAAAAUGUCUAGUUCUGUAAUAGUUAAAUUUAGUGCAGAGCUUGUUCAUUAUUUAAGGCAAAAACAAAAAAUUCUACUGUUGAGUGAUUUAAAAAGCUAUAAUUGUGUGUUAGAAGGAGUGUAGCUACAUAUUCAGUGGAGGUGGAUGCUGUUUGUGCGCUUUGUCCCAUCUUCACGGGUUGCGUGUCAUCUAGAUCCUUACACUGUGUUCCACUGCAGUGCAAACGCAAGGGUGGGCCUCUUGUAAACACUGCACCAAGGCUUACCAAAGACAAAAUUAUGCAGUUGGAAACAGUGUCAUUAACAUAUGUCAGUUAUUUUUCUUAUAUUCCAGGCUGUCCUGUCUAAUUAGUAGCUGCUAAGUUUGCUUAUAAGAUUUCUACUUGUCGGGAAUGUGUACUGGUGGUCUGCUUUACUGUGAGCAAAGAUUUUCUGCAAGUCAAAUGUGGCAUGAAAGAGGAAGCUUGUGGCUCACAGAAAACUUGUGAAAGGAAGUUUUUCCCCAUGGUGUGUGAAGAUGAACAAAAAGUUUGCUUGUAGGCUGAAAACUGAUGUCUAAAAUGUAGGUCAACCAGCCAAUGAACUGUUCUAGUUUAUAGGGAAGAGGUUUGAAACACCAGUGGUUCUGCGAGAAGGUUGUCUGUAAAUAUGAUUUUUCUAAACUCUGUUUAGUGCAGACUGAUUUCCCCUUUGCUGGGUGGUAGCGCUCAGGUUCAAGUGAAUGCAUUCAUAAAGUUGACAUACCUACUGUGAAGUGCCUAAACAAAAGUUGCCUCCCUUGACAGUUAGUGGCCCUCCUGUGCCACAAGUGUUUCUUGGGGAUUUGCCAUUUUGCUGCAACUGUAAGUCAUUUAUUAUACAGUAUAAACUGCUGUAUCCAGUAUAUGUAAUGUAGAAAAUGUUGCAUGUGUAUAAUCAAAUAUACUAUAUAUUCAAUGUCUGAAGUGGGUCCCAGUCCCCUUGUGUUGUGUCAGAGGUGAUGGGGAAGAGACGAUCAGAAGUGACACUAAGCAUUGGAGGGGGGGAAAAAACAGAUUAUGUUAUCUAAAAAGGUUACUUUAUUAAAACAUCUACAAAAAUACACAAAUGAGGAAAUAAAACUGCAAGAAUGUGGCAAGCUUCCUACAAAGAAUCCCAAAAUAUCAAAGUUCAUAUAUUACUGAAAUCUGUUCUUUGGAGUAUUUACACAGUUUAAAGACAAAGAUCAACAAUACAUGUCUUAUAAAAAUAAAAGUUUAGCUGGGAAGUACAGUGUAUCAAGAAGUCCACAUGAACAAGAGGCACUAGCCGCUACUGUCUGCUUCCCGCUGAUGGUCACAUGUUCAAUGUUCACCGCACUCCCGUGUGAUUAGUUCAGGACUUUGUCACGCUUGGGCCACACAUCUCACUUCCAGUGGAGCUACUUUACAUGGGAAAACAUGGUGCUUAUAGUGCUGUCUGCCUACCCAUUAAUCUAUCCACAUUUCAAAAGCCAGGUCUGCAAUAAUAAAGUGCAGCUUUAAUUUAUGUACACUUGUAUUUUUGUGUCUCGUACAGAUAAUCAUCUGAAAGAGGGCUAAGUCGUUCGUAUCCUAACAUGGGAAACUAACACAGAAAUGGGUCCUGUACACCAGCUCCUGUUUUGUCUCCUCCAAUAAAGGGAACAGCAGAGGAGCUGUGGCCUCAGUUUUAAAAAAAAAAAAAAAAAAAAAAAAAAAAAAAUUCACUCCUUUUCUACAGCACAGUCCCAUCCCCAUAGAGAACCCA